UGUCUAUUGUUCUGCAAACAGUAAACCACUAUUUCACACUGAGAUUGUCGGCUGCAGUUAUAGUCCACAUCCCUGGAUCCUCAUGAAUAUGAAGUGAAGGGCUCUGACCCAGAAAGUGGUUCUAAGCAGGGUAAAAUGGGGUCUCGGAAGUGUGGAGGCUGCCUGAGUCGUCUGCUGAUUCCACUUGCACUUUGGAGUAUCAUUGUGAAUAUAUUAUUGUAUUUCCCAAACGGGCAAACUUCCUAUGCAUCCAGCAGUAAACUCACCAACUACGUGUUGUAUUUUGAAGGAAUCUGUUUCUCAGGUGUCAUGAUGCUUAUCGUAGCAGCAGUUCUUCUUGUCCUGGAGAAUGAUAACAGCUGUAAAUGUUCCCAGAGUGAAAACUGCAGCAAAAAGUAUAUGACACUGCUGUCAAUGAUCUUUUCUGCCCUUGGAAUUGCUUUCUCCGGAUACUGCCUGGUCAUUUCUGCUUUGGGUCUUGUCCAGGGCCCAUACUGCCGCACCCUCAACGGCUGGGAGUAUGCCUUUGAAGGCACUGCAGGACGUUUCCUCACAGAUUCCAGCAUAUGGAUUCAGUGCCUGGAACCUGCACAUGUCGUAGAGUGGAACAUCAUUUUAUUUUCCAUUCUCAUAACCCUCAGUGGGCUUCAAGUGAUCGUCUGCCUCAUCAGGGUAGUCAUUCAAUUAUCUAAGAUAUCGUGUGGAACCUACUCAGUCAUAAUCCAGCCUGGAAUCAUUUGAAGAAGUACAAGACGGUAUUCCAUUAUCAAGACUUGGCCACCUAUCUAAGUUCUAUAUCUAUUGUAUAGACUCGAGGGCAAUAUUCAGGUGACGGUGUUUUCUCCAUUUGGUGUUUAUUAUGCUCAUUUGUGAAAUUUACAAUCCUCACUGGAAGUGCCAAUCAUCCCACACUUCCAUUUAGAAUUUUUUUCUAAGUAAUAUGUGUCAGGAGAUUUAGAAAUGUUUAUAUCCUUUGAUCAAGCACAUUUGUUCCCAAGAAUCUAUACUAUGGAAAUAAAUAAGAAUAUGAGAUAAAACUUUA